AUGCGAAUUGCCAACAUCAUACGGGAGAGCACAACCGAAUCAUCGACCCUGGACUCACACUCGCCUUCCUAUCUCACAUUUUACGUGAAAACCCCCCUUCAAACCUUCCAUUCGUCUCCCAACAUCUACGGCGCAAACAAAAUGAGAAACGCUGUUCUUCUCGCCGCCGGCCUGACGGCUGUUCGUCACGCGUCUGCCGCGUACGAUACGACAAUCUGCGGCAAGACAAACAAGUUUACGAGCUCAGAUACCCAAUUCAUCUUCCAGUCAAAUGCUUGGAACCCUGUUGGAAAUGGCUCCUCGUGCGUAUCGGUUGACCAAUCCAUUCCGGCCUUCGAUGCCAACUGGAACUGGGAAGAUGACAAGAACAACGUCCACUCAUUCCCCCAUGUCCGCUUCAACUCCACAAGGCUGCCAACCAAGCUGAGCGCCAUCAAGACGAUGCGCCUGGCGACGCAGUGGACCAUGCGCAAAGGCAACCCCGAGAAUGACCCCCCUCGCGACUUUGCCGCCACCACCUGGGCGGAGAGCAAAGCCGAGCUCAGCGGCGUCGUCGCCAAUGCCGCGUGGGAUUUCUUUGUCGACAAGAACAAGACCAAGACGUACAACCCCAUUGACUCGGAGGCGGAGAUUAUGAUCUGGCUGGGCAAGGUCGGAAACCCGUACCCGCUGAUGGGCGAUUCCAUCCUCACCAACAUCACACUCGGCUCGACAGAGUUCUCCCUCUGGUUCGAUACCAACCAGCGCAACCAAAAGGUCUUUACCUGGGUCACGCGCGACGGUUCCGACGUCACCCAGUUCGAUGAGGAUAUCACGCCGCUACUCAAGUUCGUCCUGGACUCUGGAGAGAUUGACAGCGACUCGUGGCUCGGCCUUGUGGAGUUCGGCUCCGAGGCAUGGCACUCACCGGAGAACAUCACCUUCAGCGCGGCUCACUUUAGCAUGGACCUCGACAACGGCGACAGCGGUUCCAGCAGCGGCAGUGGUGGCGACGAUAAGAACGCGGCCGGAAGAAGCUCGCUUUCGGUGUUGGGUCUGGCUUCGGCUUUGCUACUGUCGAUUUCGGCUUUGGCUAUGUAA